AUGGCAAGCAAAUCACGGAAACUUAUGCUCGGUUUUGUCUGUUUGCUACUCUUCCUGGGGCCAUCUUCCCAGCUAGACAGAUUAUUGCAAGGACAGGAGCUCAAGGAUGGGGAUGAAUUAGUUUCUUCUCAAGGAAAUUUUAAACUAGGAUUCUUCACGCUUGAAAUGUGGGUUGCCAAUCGAGAUGCUCCAAUCUUUAACAAUUCUGGAAGUCUUACCAUUGAUGAUUAUGAGAACUUGAAAAUUUCAUACAAUGGGAGUCUUUCUAUUGUACUAUAUUCCGGCCAAGAAGCAAGUAAUGCAAGUGCUGUUCUACUUGAUACUGGUAAUUUUGUACUGCGCGAAACGAUUUCAGAGCGACAAUUGUGGCAAAGCUUUGAUUAUCCUACUCAUGCACUUGUGCCAGGAAUGAGACUGGGAGUUAACUGGAAAACGGGACAUACUUGGUCUCUAACAUCAUGGAGAGGCGUGCUGGUACCUGCAGCAGGGUCCUUUACCCUUGCUCUGGAACCUUACCUUAAUCGAUUGGUCAUCUUGUGGCGCGAGAGCCUCUAUUGGACUAGUCCUAGUGUGCAUUUCAACUCAACUUCGAUGGGACUAACAUUGCAUGGCUACAAUUUUAACUACAUAUCGAAUGUGAAUGAAACGUACUUAAAUUACACUGGUGUGGAAGAAAAUUACAUGGAAGAAAAUUACAUAACACGAGUUAUUCGACCACUAAAGAUAGAUUACUUCGGAAGACUUUCUGAUGAGUUUGACACUCUAGUUGAUUGUAAUUUUACUAAUUUUUUUACAAAUCAGUUUACAUUAUUCCAGUUUAUUAUCGGAUGUAAGGCGCAGUGCAGGAGUCAUGAUGAUACAUUUACUCCAGUUUCCAGUUCCAUGAAGGAUGGAUUCAAGUUUGAUGAAAGUGACAACCUGACCCGUAAGGAUUGUGAGGCGAAGUGCUUCCACAAUUGUUCUUGUGUUGCUUAUGCAUCUACAAAUCAGGUUGCCCAAACUGGUUGUGAGAUUUGGAGAACAACCGAUAGAUUUAUUGGAUUUUCAAAUCCUAAUGCACGGACAAUAUACUUCCUUACUUCAGCAUUUGCAAAAAUUAAAGAAAACAGGAGGGCAAAUAGGUCGCAAGUGACCAAGCGGUGGAUAUGGCUCAUCGUGGCAGUAGGGUUAAAGUUGAAAUCCAUGUCGCGCUCCCAACCGAACAGCUCCAUCGAGGUCGAUCUUUUCUGA